CGAAUAGUUGUAUUGUCAGAUUCAGUUCCCAGUUAACGGGUUUUCAGUUUUUCUGAAGAUAAAUCAAUUUAUACUUUAUUAAGUUCAAGAAUAUCGCCUGGCAUCUCUGGGCACAACGAAGAACGAAGCGAAAAGAAAUAACGUAUCAGAAAGGUAAAACUGAACAAAUCACCAUCAAAACACGAAUAUCACCGUCUGUCUGUACCGUGACCGUAGGCAGAUACCGAGUUUAAUACCAUCUUUGUAUUCCUGUUAUGAAUCGCGCUCGAUAAGAAGUAAACGGACGCGAACCAAUUCAAGUGGAAAUAAAUGAAAGGAACAUUGGUGUUGUACGUUUGGGAACAGAAGCUUGUUGCGUGAUCAGCUUCUACUCUGUAGUAAAGCAAAAGGAUGCCCUGCCAUAACCUUUAGAAGACACAAAAAUCAAAGGGCGUGAAAGCUGCGGCCGCCGGAAAAAAAGUUGCUGAGUGUAGGAUUAAUUAUACAUAUUCGCCGCAAAACAAGUAAUACUCUACGCUUCACCUCCUCAGCAAUAUUAUUCAAUCAAGUUUGGCCAAAACCUACUGGAAAGUUAUUCAUUACCACCAUGGGCGCAAUCAUCUCCAGAUUCCGGAAAGAGAAAACGACCUAUGAGGUACUGGAAAACUUGGAGGAAAAAAUAAAAGACAUCGAAGCGUACACAAUCAGUACCCAGGCUCGGCAGAAACGCUUUGUAGGGAAUUUCCUAGUUAUAUCCAUCGGGUUAUACGUGAUAGCCUUCAUAGUGUUCUAUUUCGCUUUUUUUCCUCCGACAUGGAAAGAACGGAUCAUCCACUCACUUCCGCUAUUGAUCUGUCCCAUGAUCAUUACGCUGAUCAAAAAAAGCUUAGCAUGGUUUUUUGAACGGAAGGUUAUAAUAAACACGAACGAGUUAAAGGAACUUCGAGCGGAAAAGAAAAAAAUUCUGGAAAAAGUUAUGGAUAAGGAAACGUAUAAAGUGGCAGUGGAUAUUCUGAACAAGUUUGGUGAUCGAUCUCAUAAAGCGCAGACGCAAUCGCUGAGUGCCCUGUCACCCCCGAAAGUAAUACAACAACAGCCAAUGACUCCCAAAGCUCCAUCUACUAUAGCAAGAGCCCCAGGGUUAAUGCCUCAGUCAGCACCAAGACCACAAAUGACCCCGAUUGGAGCACGCCAAAUGCCGGUAACGCCAAUCGGAUUCAACAUUAGGCCGGCCACUCCGAUGUCAAUACCACAGCAAGCUAGUUUCAUUCAGAGACCCGUCGCAAUGGGUCAACAAACGAUGGCGUAUCGGCGAACGCCAUAUCCCAUCAUCAACCAAAACGAAAAGGGAAUGAUAGAAAAGAUGGUCGAUUAUUUAGUAGGUGAUGGUCCUAACAGUCGAUUUGCGAUGAUCUGCAGAGAGUGUCUAAUGCAUAAUGGAAUGGCCCUCCAGGAGGAAUAUGAGUAUGCUGCUUUCCGGUGUGCCUUCUGCGGUGCAUUCAACGCUGCCAAAAAACAACGACCCGCGGCUCCGCGACUUCCGUUUGAGCAGGCUCAAAUUGAUAAGUUGGCAGAGCAACAGCGUAGGUCUAGUGAAUCCGUGUCCGAAUCGGAACCAUCUACUGCCGAAGACGGUAACUCGGUAGAGGCGGCAGCAACUGCUCCUGAACCGGCUGAGGAUGAGACUGAAUCACCGUCGUCAGAGGAAGUUUUUGAAACAGAAAAUCCGCCAGAAUCACAAACUUUAUUAGCAUCGUCACAAGAACCAGAACAAGAAGCUACGGAAGUCAGCAGCAAUGCUGAAACUUUGACUAGCAGUGAAGCUCCCACGCCAAUAGCAGCGGAAACAGUUGUGAAUGCGGAUUGAAAAUUGCGCUCCAAUGCGCCGCCACUGGCUCUUGAAUUUGUUAGAUGGAUUUUUUAUGAGACAAUUGCAACAAAACUCGAAGCUUCUUGCAUGAUUUUGUGCUUUAGUGAUCGCGGUGAAACUGCUGAUUUUAAUAUGGCAAGCAAAAUCUUGGCUAAUGGAGUUGAAAGCUGGCUCCGAAAACAAAUGGCUUCUGCUUGCGAACAUUGUUACGAAUAAUAGCAACGUUCUUGGGUAAGAGAGUAUAGUUUUGAGCUUUUUUUUUUGUUUCAAAAUAGCACAUUCAAUUUCAUAAGUUUUACAUACACUGAUGUUUAAUUGUAAUAGUUCAUAGCAAUAACUUUUUCCAAUAGUACUCGCAUUAAAUAUAUUCCCAAAUGUUUCAAUUUAAAAAUCCAUCAUUAAUUACCCUAAAUGUUCAAGCAUAUUAGAUUUCAUUAACUAUUAUUCAAAGAGUUGGAACUACUUGCGAUUUAUGGAGGACCCAGCAUUUACAACGACAGUCGAAUAGCUGGCAAAACCAGUGGAAAAAACGCGACUUCAAAACAAGGAAUUAUUGUAAUCAAGCAUUUGUGGAUAUUUAUAAUUUGCUUAGUUGGAUUAGUUUUAGAGCAUAGUUCUGAAAAGUCUUGAACAGUAAUACAGGAUUGGGCAAAUAAUUUUAAAUAUUACGGACAGACGAACGAAAGACUAACUUUGUUGGAUGCGAGACAUAACCGUAUUGACCUUUUGAAAAUGAGUGUUUAUAAUUUAUGUACAUUUGUUAAUCUUUUUAUAAGAAACCAUUAAAAGCAGCGGAACAACAAUGAUAAUAAAAAUAGCUUGUUGUUAGUUGCAUAUUUUCUAGAA